AUGUCUUCAUCCCUUCCGGAAUCCUAUGCGACACUACCAACUGAACACAUCAAGCUCUCUCAUGUCCCUGCUUCGUCCCCGGUCCCUACUCCAGUCUUACUGCUUACAUUGAACCGGCCAGAUAAGCUCAAUGCCUAUACAGAGCAAAUGUCUAAAGAAAUAGCCUCGGUAUUCAAAAUGGUUGAUAUUGACGACCGUGUGAGGGCUGUUGUAAUGACAGGCUCAGGGAACAAGGCAUUUUGCGCCGGUGCGGAUUUAGAUAUUGGCUUCAAAGGGAUGGGAACAGGGGGUGCUGCUGCUAGAGAAAAAGACCACAGAGACGGUGGUGGUAGAAUAUCCCUGGCAAUACAUAACUGCCGAAAGCCAACCAUAGCAGCUAUUAACGGAUCAGCUGUCGGUAUCGGCAUCACCAUGGUGCUACCAGCAACAAUCCGCGUGGCUACGGCAAAGGCAAAAAUCGGCUUUGUAUUUUCGCGUCGUGGAAUUAUCAUGGAAGCUGUGUCUUCGUUCUUCCUACCAAGACUUAUCGGCUACUCUCGUGCGCUCCACGUCACCACCACCGGUCUGGCAUACCCGGCUGAACAUCCUUUGCUGAAAGACUUAUUCUCAGAGCUCCUCCCUACUCCGGAAGCUACUCUGGCUCGCGCUCUUGAGCUAGCCGAUGAUAUUGCACGCAACACAUCGACGAUAUCAACUUCACUGAUGCGAGAUCUCAUGUACCGUGGUCCAGACAGCGCAGAGGCAACACAUCUGCUUGACUCAUCACUUAUAUACCCUCUUUUUGGUAACAGAGACAACGAAGAAGGCGUGAAAAGUUUCUUUGAAAAGAGAAGCCCGCAAUUCAAAGGGUCGUUUAAUAACCCGAAAGAUGUUCCUGCCGCGUAUCCCUGGUGGAACCAAGUUGAUGUCUCCCCGCCGAAACUCAGCUCAAAAUUGUGA